AAUUCUCUUCUGAGCUCGAAAAACCUCUGCAGGACCCCAGAAAUAUAAAACAUCAUGGUGGGAACUCUGAAGAAAUCAUCAAGCAGUGAAGUAGUCAGUAACAGUGUUAAGUUUGUUUGUAGCUAUGGAGGAAAGAUUCUCCCACGAUAUCCUGAUGGGAAACUUCGUUAUAGUGGUGGAGAAACUCGUCUUCUAUCUCUCGACCGCGCUUCCGUUUCUUUUUCAGAAUUAAUGGUGAAGCUGUGUGAAGUAUGUGGAUACUCAUCAGUGAGUUUGAGGUGUCAAUUACCGAAUGAAGAUCUUGAUACCUUGGUGUCCAUUAAAUCUGAUGAAGAUCUUACUAAUCUAAUGGAAGAAUAUGAUUUAGCAGAGAAGAAAUCAAGUAGUCCGUUAAAAAUAAAAGCAUUUCUAUUUCCUUCAAAAUCAAAUAAAAAGACGAUUUCUCCACCAAUAUCAUCUCCAGUUUCUUCUUCUCCUGUAGCUGCUGGAAAAUACUCACCGCCAUCAUCAACAUCAACAUCUCCAGUUAGCGGUGGUAUUAAUAGAUUCAUCAUCAAUCCUCAUUAUCAGCAACAUCUUCAUAAUCAGAUCUCUUAUUCAUCAUUAGUGCCAAUGAGAUUUCAAAAUUUUCGUCCACAAGCAGUACCACAUGGUCCUUAUUGUUACCCUUGCUGUAUUCCUCCACGCCAAGGAAGUCCUAGACAAGUCUACCUUGUUCGUUCAUAA